AUGAAGAAAGAACGUGGACGACGGACGGUCCAGAAAGUUGCUGAGGUUCCUAAUCUCCAAACAUCCUUCAUUGUAGAAGACCUAAAGACCGCGACCGGCUACGAAUUCAGUGUGGCAGCUGUCAACAAAUAUGGAAUCGGUGAAGCGGUUGAAGUUCUCGCUGUUACCGCAGGAGCCUUUAAAGCUCCACAAAUCACCGAAAAACCCGUCGUUUCCGAUGUGAGUAGCGAUGGUUGCGUGCUGAAAUGGAAUCAGCCUAAGGACGAUGGAGGGUCCCCAAUUUACGGUUACGAGCUCUACCUUAGAAAAGACGCAGAAGAGUGGGAAAAGAUCAACAGCGAACUUGUCUUUGCCAAUCGCUUUUCCGUGGGAGAUCUUCUCCAGGGUGUUACCUAUGAGUUCAAGGUGGAGGCUGUCAAUGAGGCUGGAAUAGCGUCGAGCUCCAACAUACCGUCAGAACCACUGUUCAUCACACCAAUCUCAGGACGUCCUACAACAAUUCUUCCCAUUCCACGGAUUACGAUCACUAGCGCCGAUUCUGUCACUGUAGAAUGGGAUGUUCCUGACGACACCGACUCUACAGGUUUCACCGUUGCAUAUAAAUCAGAAGGUUCUCCAGUUUGGACUGAAGUCCACUGCAGCGCCAGCUUCUGCCAGAUUGCUGGUUUGAAAGAGGAUGUUUCCUAUGUAUUCAAAGUUGCGCUGCGAAAUGAAAGAGGCGUUGGGACCUUCUCUCAGCAGACGGAACCAAUCAAAAUGACUGCAAAUAUGGCGCCUGUUGUGAUCAAAGGGAUACGCGAUGUUUCGAUAGCCAAAAAACAACCCCUCAGAUUGGAAUGUCAUUCUAGCGGACAUCCAACCCCGGAGUUCAUCUGGUACAAGGACGGCAUCGAAAUCGUCCCUGAGAACGAGAACAUCGAGGUAAGCUUCACCCUAAAUUACGGAUUCAGUACGGUAUCGGCAUAG